AGGGACGGCUCAGGGCGGCCUUUUUGCGAGGACAGGCCUCGCGGCACGUGAGCUUCAGCGCCCGUGCCUUCUGACCGCAUUUUGCGGCGGUUCCUCCCAGUUCGCCGUGCACUUCACCUCGCCCAGACUGCUGCCAUGGGGAAGCGGCGCUCUGAGCGGCGUGGCUCUGCACGGUCUUCGUCGCCCUCAUCUGCUCCAAGAAGGAGCGCCAGCAGGACACCCGACGCCCGCCGCUCCGACGGCGAAAACCAGUCACGGAUCACCUCCCAGCUCGACUCGAUCGCCUACAGCAUCGCCAGCAUGAACCAGGUUGUGUCGCAGAACGCAACGGAACUGGCCGAGCUUCGGGGUGCCGUGCAGGGAAGUUUCAAACGGUGCGGGGAGCUCGCAGAUCAGAUGAAGCUGCUCGCUCGCGACGUGCAGUCCAAGCACCAGAUGCUCGACACCGAGUUGAAGAACGUCAUCUCGGCACAGGACGCGAAGAUGAAUGCCCUCCGCACUGAGCUCCUCGCAGUGAGUACAGGUGAUGCCGCCAUGACCUGCCCCUCGCUUAGUGAGAAGUGCGACGGCAUAGAGAUCCGAGCUGCACUCACUGCCCUCCUUGCACCGAAGGGCGUGGAGGUAGGCAGCACAGGGCUCGGCGGCUCAGUGUUCUUCCUGCGGCGGGCCCACGAGCCCGUGCAGGCGGUCAAAGUGAUAGUUUCAGGAGAGUCGAAUAUCGAGAUCCGCUGCGCCAGAGAUGUUUUCCUUGAAUUUGGAAUCGUCGAACACAUCGAACGCAUCGAGGCUGCGGGGGCGGUGGCGCUCCGCAGGGGAAAGAAGGGUUCCGCCGUCGCCUCGACCUCGCGAUUAGAUCGGAUCUACACCUCCCUUCCUGCCGCCCUUAUCCGUGACCUCACCAUCUCCACCACUGUCGUCGGGAAGCUCAAAGCGGUGAUGAGCAGCGACCACCUGCCCGUUCGCUCUACUAUCACAAGGUACUCUCCCGACCCCAGGAGUCCCUGCAUCCCUGCAUGGCUUGCCGAGACCCCUGAGUUCGGACAGGCCCUUGAGGAGGUGAUUGCUACCAUCCCCGCCGCCUGGGACGAGUGGAACCGUCUGGCGCUGGCGGCGGUAGCCAACCCACGGCUGAACUUUCGGAAGUGCCAGGUGGUCGUCUGCGGGGCUAUGGACACCUCAGCCAUCCGCCCCCCCCUCCGCUCCUUCGGCGCGCCCUACAACCUCAUGCAGGUCUCCCUCUCCGCCACCUACCUUGGCUUCCCGAUCGGCCCCGAGGGCGCCGCGCAGGUAUGGUCUCCCAUCCUCCCCAGCUUUGUUGCGAGGAUACACCAGACACGUGCGUUGGGAUUGGGAAUUGCUCAGUCCGCGGCCGCCUUUCGCGUCAUGUGCGCUAGCAAGCUCCUAUUCAGGCUCCAGCUCGACCCGCCCUCCCAGGAACUGGCGUCCGCCUGCCGCAGCGGAGUGCUCCUCCUCACCUCAGGGCCCAGGAACGCCAUUUCCUACAACGUCGCCACGAAACUUACGCACGUCGGAUUCGCCACUGAAUUCCUGGAGCUCGACGCGGUUGCGAAAGCCACUGCCCGUCGGUAUCUCAUGAGUGGGAGCUCCCCUCGGAAGGUCCGCCCCCCCCUUGCCGCGGCGGAGUGCGGACUGCUCGACCAAG